AGAGUUUCAUAAAGAUAUUUUAUGGUUAUAUUUCUUAAUUUUAUAUAAAUUUUAUUCAGUAGAGCGAAGUUAUAUAACAAUGUGUAAAAAAAUUUUGCUUUGUACAUUUCUAUUAGUUUUAAUAAUUACAUUCAAAGUAUACGGUAUAAAAAAUAUGAUACAAGAUUGCUUAAAAUGUGUAAGUGGUAUUCCAGAUAACACAGAUAUUCAAAGACUAAAAGUUCCUUCUGCGCCUACGAAAGUAACGAAUACUGUGAAGUCAUUAAGACGCGGUAGAUUUAUAUUUGGAGAUGUAAUUGAUGAUGUUAUAAAUUGUUUUAUAAAAGAAAACAAGAAGGAAGACACUAUUUUAUACGUUUCGUCAUAUAUCUAUAUUUGUAUUCGUGAAAAAAAUUUUUCUCCUUACAUCGAAUAUAUGACAAAUUUAAUAACUCAAGAAAAAACAAUUAUUUUAGUUAAUAUACACGUUGGUUCAUCAGCUUUCAGUUAUCAUUGGGUUUUGGGAGUAAUUAAUUUGGUUUCAAAACAAAUAAUUAUUUUAGAUUCAGAAAAAAUAAUUAGAAUAAAUUUAUAUGAAAUUUUACAUUUCAUAAUGAGUUCUUACUUUAAUAUAAGAACAUUCUAUGAUAAUUCAAUACCCAAACCAAUUGCGAGUGAAUGACAAUUCAUUCUUGCCAAAAAUGCCAUACAGCAAUAUAAUUGUACUGAUUGUGGUAUUUAUGUAUGUAUACAUGCUUAUCAUUAUAUAACCAACGAGAACUUCUUUCGAGUAAAUUCAAAUGAUGGUAGACAAUGGCUUUAUUAUUAUUAUAACAUGUAUAAUGAAAAUAAAACGUCUAACUUAAAUGAAGGCUCUUCGUCCAAUCAAAAUUCACUAAGUGAAGAAGAUAUAAACAAUAUUAUUGAAAUAACUAAGCAAGAGACAAUAAAGGUUAAAUACAACCAAGUUCAAUGUAUAAAUGUAAAAUAAAAUGAAAAAUAAAAAAAAAAUUGUUUUUUUUUAUUUUGUUAUUAGAUUAU